GCUCAGUAUUUCAGUCGUAAGAAGACAGGGCACACACUGCACAUCUUCCUGAUGAGCAGGACCUGAAGAAACUUCUUCCAGUUAUUCUCUUUUUUUGAAUUUGUGUUCCUAGGGUUGUGGGCUUUAUUCAAUAAUAAUUGAAACUCAUGUCUUGUGGGUUUCUUGCCUAACUUUAUUCAUCUGAUUAGAAGGAUCGUGAUGAAUUGAUGACAGGACAGUACAGCAGUCUCACCGCCUGCAGGCAACAAGGUCACAGCAUCUGCUUUGUCAAGCCCUGGAAGAAUUUUAACACAAAACGAAAAGAAAGUACAUUCAGGAAUGUAAAAACCAACAGAAAUCCUGGCAGGAGAACAAGAACAAGAAGGAGAACAAGAACAAGAAGGAGAACAAGGGAAGAACAAAGAACAGUGCAAGUUAGAAAAGAAGAUAAAGAAAGAAAAGUGCAAGGAACAUCUACCCAAAUAUUUAUUUGCAGUUUCCUGCUCAAUGCAUCAUUAACGUGCGAGAACCACACAGCUCCUCGACACUGACCAUGAUCUACUGGAGUCAUUUUAUAUCCACAAAGGGCAUCAUAUUCUAUUGGAGAGUGGUCUGGUAUAGAUGAAGAAAUGAGGCACCUUUCCUACUGUGAGUUCCCAACAAAAUGCCAAGACGAAGAAACCUUCUCACAGCAAUCCUCAUUGUCUUACCCUGGACCAUACUCUUAACUAUUUGGCAUCAGAACUCAAGGGAUUUUUAUUUUGCCGUUAAGAGAAAGGAGCCAGACAAUGGAACAAAAAGAGCACUAACCAACAGCUCACAUAGCAAGGAGGAACAAGAUGUCUGUAUUCACCAGCAGGCAGUGCGUACUCAGACCUUCAUCAAACUGGAAUAUGUUUACACCAGGCCACCUCAGUGGUCUCACUCUUUGCCAACCAUCUAUGUCGUAACACCAACCUAUACCAGACCUGUACAGAAAGCAGAACUAACCAGACUGGCUAAUACUUUCCUCCAUGUACAGAAUUUGCAUUGGAUUGUGGUCGAGGACUCUCCCCGGAGGACCAGUUUAGUAGCACUGCUGCUGGAAAAGAGUGGACUGAAUUUCACUCAUUUGAACGUUCAAAGCCCAAAGAGCAUGAGGUUGGGCCUCACUAAGUCAUCAUCACGAGCUCCAAGAGGCACCUUGCAAAGAAACUUGGGCCUUCGCUGGCUGAGAGACAGACUGAGCCCAAAUGACUCUUCAGAGGGUGUUGUUUAUUUUGCCGAUGAUGAUAACACCUACAGUUUGGAACUCUUUGAGGAGAUGCGAUUUACUAAAAAGGUCUCGGUAUGGCCAGUGGCUUUUGUUGGUGGACUGCUAUACGAGUCUCCCAAAGUGAACACUGCAGGAAAAGUUGUUGGUUGGAAAACUGUCUUCGAUCCAAAUCGGCCUUUUGCUAUUGAUAUGGCAGGAUUUGCAAUCAAUGUUAAGUUGAUACUCAAGAAAUCUUCAGCCAACUUCCAGCUGUAUGGUGUCAAAGGAGGAUACCAGGAGACUAGCUUGUUGCGCGAACUUGUAACUUUAAAAGAGCUGGAACCUAAAGCUUCAAAUUGCACUAAAAUCCUGGUCUGGCAUACUCGGACUGAGAAACCAGUUCUAAUUAAUGAAGGAAAGAAUGGAUUCACUGAUCCAAGAGUGGAGGUGUGACCUCUAAUCAGACAGAAAAUGUUUUUCCGUAUCUCAUAAAGGUCUUCUGCAGAUUGGCUUAUACCACGACAAUGUUUCAAGCCAUAUGGGUCUUCUGUAUAUUUGAUUUAAAGUGUCCUACUAAAUCACUACUGUACAGAUUUUAAAUUAUUAAUAGCUUAUAAUUAAUUAUUUCCAUCACUCUCCGACAUCAUCCAUUUCUACAGAACUGAACUGGGAGAGUCUCGAACAAGGGGGCAUAGUUACAAGAGGACGGUCAUUUGAAACUGAGGUGCAAAGAAAUCUCUUCUCUCGGAGGGUAGUGAAUAUCUGGAAUUCUUUUCCCCAGAGGGUGGUGGAGGUCAGAUAUAAUUAAGGUGGUGAAUAUUUGGAAGUUUGAGGAACUGAGGGACUAGGACAGAAGAGGAGUUAAUGUCAGCAUAGAUCAGCCAUGAUAAUAUUGCAUGGCAAGGCAGGCUUAAGGGGCUUGGUGGCCAAUUCCUGCUCCUGUUUUCUUGUGUUCACUUGGAUACUGGCCACAACCUUGACAAAAAUGGAAUGUUUCUUCCAAAGAUUAAUACAUUAAUGGAAUGCUUUUUGAACCUUAAGCUACCAAGAGCAGGGACUGCAAUUAUUUCCCUGUUUAUACUUGACCAAACAUAAACCAUAAUCUAUUAAUGAGUGAUCCAUUAACAUACAGACACCUAGCUGCUUUUUUCUUUAAUCCUGUGUGCCUCUUUCAGCCCUUAAACACAACAUGGCAAGAGAAAAGCAAUCUUGCUGCACAAUUAUGCUAAAAGGGAGCCACCGGCAAAGCCAGCAGUUAUUGCACAUCCCUAAUUCCCCUUGAGAAAGUGAUGAUCAGACAUUUCCUUGAAACAAUGUAGUGGUUGCAGCACAACUAAGUAGCUCACUUGGCCAUUUCAAAGGACAUUGAAGUUGGGGCAAAUCUGGAGUCACGGGUAGGCAGACCAGGCAAGGACCUUAGAUUUCCACCCCUAAAGAUGCUAGUUUGCCAAACGAGUUUUUACAUGCAGUAGUUGCGUUUUUUUUUCCAAUUUCCACAUUAUUAAUUGAAUUUAAGUUUCACAGCUGCUACGGAGAGAUUUGAACUUGUAUCAUUGGAUUGUUAGUCCAGGCCUCCAGAUUGCUAGUCUGGUAAUUUAACUGCUGCGCUAUGACCAUACCCAUUACAAUGGCACAAGAUCACUGCUGUAUUUUUGAUCAAGAUUUGGUACAUUUGCUAUAAUUUGAAUGAAAUAGUAUUAUUUUAAUUUUAGUUUACAGGCUUAGGUGAGAUUCUAUAUCAACUGCAAGUAAGUUUUAUAUAGUACAAUAGGUAUACAAUGAAGGGCACUGAAAUGUCAAAGAAAGACCUAUUAAAACAAUUUGGGUUCUUUUCUUCAUUCAACAAUUGAAUCAUUAUAGACUUGUUCCAUUCAAUUUGUGACAAUGUCAUGCAGAAAGUAACAAAAGGUAAGUAGAACAAUGAAAUAUAGAACCAAAACGGUUGAUUACAUGUUCAGCAAGUUAUGCAGCAUCCAUACAGAACACUAACCUAACUAUAUCGGCGUGUUGUGCUUGCUUCUGCACGCCACAAAAGUAGUGAUAGAGAGGUUGCAGAGAGGACCAACACAACUAAUCCUUAAUAUAAAGCCAUAAAAAAACUUCAGAAGAUUUCAGGUUCUAUGGUCUAGAAAGCAGAGUAGUAGAAUACCUAGGUGAGGUGCACAAAACAAACAAUGAGUUGAUGAAAAAAACCUCAAUAUUUAAAUAAACCCAGAAAAGCAACAGUGAACAAUGCAUAUUUAAAUUAACGUGGAAGUAAUUUAAAUCAGGAAUUCUAUGCUUAAAAAAAAAGUGAGAGAGGCUGGCUGAUGGAGGCAAAACAUUAAGGAUAUUCUAAAUGGAGCCAAAUACUAUAAUAGGAUUCAAACAGUCAUAUUUCCCUUUGUCUUUGUUAAAGUUACAGCAGAGAUUAUUUGAUGAGAGCAGCAUUGCAAAGACAUUAAACUAGUGGCUGUAAUGAGAAGUUUCCAUGCUAUUCACCUUGGCUAAAGUUAGUUUUUUGCCCUUUUAUCUGCUAAUAAACAAAGCCACAUACAUCAUUUAAAGAUCCUCCUGAUCAAAGAAUAGUAGUCUUCCUCUGCACAAUAUAAAUAAGUAGUUAUCAGCAUUCAAACAACAAAACAAGGAGAUACCUGGAAAUAAUGAAGAACAGAAAAGUCAAAACACAAUUUUAAUCAUGCUAGGAUUUCAUGAAUAAGCAAUGAAGUAAAACAACUGCCAGACACGUGGUAAGAUGAAAUAAGCACAUUGAAAAUGACUAAUAUUUUCACAAAAUGAAUGCAUCAUAAUGGAGCAAAACUCCUCAUUGAAUCAUUAUGGUGCUGAUCUAACACAUGUAACUAUUAACACAUGUAACUUAACACACAGAGAAGCAUGAUACAAUGGCCCAGAAUUCACUAGUGUGGGCCUUUUUGUCCUAUUUUGUUUUCACCCACAUUCUGCUCAAAAAAUAUUGGCAAUACAAAUUGUUGGAAGUUCAUAAUUACAGGCUGAUUUGAUGAGAUUUGCUUAUGAAAAGAAAAAAGAAACAUCAGGGAUAAUCAAAUCAAAUAAGGAAAGAAACAUUGAAAGGAAAAGUAAUCUAUUUAAGAAGUCACAACAAUUUACUACCUGUAGAAAUGAGAUAUCAUUUUCUGAGGCAGAGAGAUGGAUAGGCAUUUCAGAAGCAAAGAUCUCCCAUUAAUGUAAGUGCUUCCACUGUUAAAUACCAGCCAUCUAACUCUGACAGGCCAUCAGUAAGUAAUCACAAUUACAAAUGUGAGGAAAGUCAUACUUAUAAUUCCCAGGUCAUCUUUUUUGUAACAGGGUCCACCGUGGAUAAUUCAAGGCAUUUUAAAAAGAUUUUAGUGAUAAAGUAAUUUGAACUAAGCAACAUAAAUAACAAACAAUUAAAAGUCUCUCAGAACCACCCUGACAUGGUAAAUCAUCUGGUGGGACUGAAUGAAACAAGGUUCGCCACAGUAAUCAACAAUCAUAACUCCAAGGUCUAGCACAGGCACCAGAACCUAAACGUCUACUGCAGAUACUUAUAACUAACAAGCAGCAUAAAGCUGAAAUACCCUGAAACUAUCUCCUGAAGCCUGACUGAACCUCUGAGCAGACUAUGAAGUUGGUACCACAGAGGAAUCAGCUUUCACUCAUUUUUGUAGCAACACCCCUAAAAUCAAACUUAAGUUCAAGUGAUAGGAUAUACCCAAUUGAGGACAGGCUUACUGUAUAUCUCUGUUCCUGUGUCCUCUUUUUGUCUAUGAUUUCUUAGUUACCCUUCCACUUCUGACAUGUAAAACGCUUCUGACAGAAUAGGAUCCUUUUCACAAUGUUUGUUCUCCUAUUCCAAUGCUUUCAUUUAAUUUUCCUCUACAUUGUAAAUUUUGCUGGUUGUUGUCCUGCAAGCGCAGUCCUGGAUCCAGCACUUUGCUAUAAUGCUAAUGCACAAGGGAAAAGUACACUUACAGUUGACUGUCCAAAAUUCAACUUGUCAUUCACAUCUGUGCAGUACCAAUAAAGAAUAAAAUUUUAAAAACUACAGUUACUGGAAAUCGAAAUUAAAACAGAAAAUGCUGGAAAAACUUAGCAUGUGAGGCAGCAGCUGUGGAAAGAAAAACAGUUAAUGUUUCAGGUCCUGAACCCUUUAUGAGAACUGGGUAAGAGAGAAGAAACAAGUCAGUUUAUAGCAGAGAAAGUGGGGGGGGGGGGGUUGAACAAGGGGAAUUUUUUUCAUAGGGUGAAGCUGGAUGACCUUGGGUACCAUUUAAGGGCGAUUAAGAUCAGAUGAAGUUUCAUUCCAAUGUGUUUCUAAUAUUGUAUAAUCUGGACUACUGGAAUAUGCCAAGCAAACCAGACCAAAUAAUGGAGAGAACAAAGGCAUGGCAGGCAAAAGUGACCAGUUCUCAUACAAAAAAAA